GAACAUGUGAUGCAGGCACCAACUCUGCAUGUUCCAGUAAAAGAUUCAAAUCAAUUCCAGAUUAAACAUCUCAUAGUGUUUGUUGCACUAAGAGACUUCCCAGUAACAACUUAGUUCAACACAGGGAUUGUCACCGAGGAUAGCUUCCUACUAUUCAACUCAGUAUGGUCUUAAGACUCUGUGUGUUUUUCCUGUUUCUCCUGCCUGUGAUACACGGCAAAAAACAUGGUCAAACUGGCGAAUGGAAUUACAAAGAUGGAUCUGAUAAAGUUAAUGUGCGUGGAGUUGCUAAUCUGACGCAGGUGCUGGACAACUGGAGAUUCGACAUUUUGACUCAGAUGAGAGACAUACUGACAAAUGACCAUCAGUCCUUCCUCCCUGACUAUUCCAGAAUAGCACCUCUUUCAGAGGCACUUGGUGACCUAUUCAAUGAGUUCAAUGCUCUAAAAGAACGGCUAGGAGAUCUGACUGAAAAAUUUAGUGCCCUGGAGGUUACUGUUGAUGGAAUGAAAGCUAAAAGUGCUGCUCCAAACAGCUUAUCGCCUCAUGGCCCCAAUGGUAUGACACCCAGGCAAAAGCUGAAUCCACCAAAGAGAAAAGUUCCGGUUCCAAGGAAAAAGAAGAUUCCCCAGCAAUAAACCAAUGCAAGAAUGAUCUGUAAAACUCUCAAUUCAUAUAUAUUAUAUAUAUAUAUAUAUAUAUAAAAUACACACUCACAAAACCUACAGGAUUUGUAUGUAGUGUUUUGCAUUUUGGUUUGAUGUUAGACAUUUAUCAGGUGCUCACACAGAGAUAUUGUUAGCUAAGAAUAUUUCUUACACUGUCCUUCCAAAGUCUGACAAUCACAUUUCUAUGUCUUAACUAGUGUUCUAAAAGUAUGUUUUAUUACUACUUUUCCUUAUUGUCUACAUAUCUUAAGCAUAUGCAAUAAUUGUAUCGUAG